AGCCCUUUGAGGAGUCUGAGGAGAAGUGGCUGUCGUCCAUGGAAAGCUCUCGAUGGCUGGAGUAUGUCAGGACCUUCCUGAAGCAUUCAGCCGAGGUAGUCUACUUGCUGGAGGGAAAACAUGUGUCUGUCAUUCUGCAAGAGGAAGAAGACAGGGACCUGAGCUGUGUGGUGUCCUCUCUGGUACAACUGAUGCUGGACCCUCACUUCCGUAGCCUCACUGGCUUCCAGAGCCUGGUGCAGAAGGAGUGGGUGAUGGCUGGCCAUCGCUUCCUCGACCGGUGCAACCAUUUGAAGAAGAAUGACAAAGAGGAGUCUCCUCUGUUCCAGCUGUUCCUGGACUGUGUGUGGCAGAUUAUAAAUCAGUACCCAGCAGCCUUUGAGUUCACUGAGACCUACCUGACUGUGCUCAGUGACAGCAUGUGGAUCCCUGUCUUCAGCACCUUCCUCUUCAACUGUCCCCAGCAGCGCACUGAGAACAGCAUGGACUUUGCUCAGAGUAAGUGCAUCUCUGUGGGGGAGGAGAAGGCCCUACGUUUCCCCCCUGUCUGGGACUGGUCACAGCAGUUCACCCCCAAAGACCAGGCCCUUUUCAACAACCCCAUGUAUGUUGGCAAAGGUGCCACCUGUGUUCAGAACGGAGCAGUGAAGUCCUUCAGACGCACUAAGAAAAACUACAGUUCUACACUCCGAGGGAUGCCCUCUUCCCUGAGGAACAUCCUGAUGGACGGCCAUGACAGCCUCACCCUGACCAGACGGAACUCCCUCGUGUCGCGGCUCAAACCAGACUUCUCCCAGAUCAGAGAGGUGGUGGAGAGCCCAACAGAGCGCUUCUUCAGGGACUGGGUCUCCCGGCCCGCAGACCUACAGGGGAUGCUCAUCCCCCAGCUCCUGCCUUCACACCUGGCCCUGUGGAGGCUCUACUUCCUGCGCUGGGUCCCUGAAGCCAGCAUCCCCAAGGGCGGCCCUGUAACCGCAUACCACAAGCUCUCCCAGCUGGCUGAUGAGGUAGAGAAGCUGCAGAGCCAGCUACGCCAGUACAAGGGGGCCACUCCGGCCAGCACCCCGACCUCCAACCCCAGCGCCCCCCCAUCAGACCACAGCAGGAUGUACUUUAAGGCCGGUUCCACCCACGAGCCCUCUUCAACUCCAGAGUACCUCAGCUCCUCCUUCCCCUURUCUCCCGUGGGGAACAUGUGCCGCCGCAGCAUCCUGGGRACUCCUCUCAGCAAGUUCCUGAACGGGGCAAAGAUAUGGCUCUCCACUGAAACUCUGGCCAAUGAGGCACUCUGAGGUCCCGUGGCUAAAGUUCUCACUCAAAUCAGUGCUUAGAGUCCAGAAGGGAUGUCCUAUCAUGCUAGAGGCCAGAGGCUAGCUCAGUUGAAUGUGGUGAUGUGGCUGUUUGUUUUUGCACAAGAUUAUUCAUCUUUGCUUAAAUCGCACAUUUCUUCAGGGGUUUGCCAGGGUUGCUCUCUGUAGGAAGUCAAUUUUGAUUUCCAGUUUCACUUUCUAGUUUUAGAUUCAGUUGAGUAUGUAGAAGAAUGUUAGUGGAAUAUGAUUUUGUAGUGACAUUGAUGUAGUGCUGAUGACACUUUGCGAAGGAAAAAAGGAGUUAUGAGGAGGAGUUAAAUCUGUGGUAGACACUUAUCGCUUUAUUUGUAUCACUUAAUAUAGUUUAGUUGUAUUUCUAGAGACCUUCUGGUAAGGUACUGCAUUAAUUCUAGAAUGAAUAUUAACCAAAUCAUGAAUAGUGAAAGGAGAAGGACAGACGAGGCUAUUUACUAUUAGGCCUUCUUGCAGGAAAUGAUCAUCAAUCACGUAACACACCAAUAAAAUGCCAGGGGACUGGCACUGGAAAAUGCCUUCACCGUUUGAGACAAGAAAUUUGUGGACAUUUGUGGACACAAUCAACUUUUUCCUUGAUGGCUUUGGCAUUGAAAUGCAUCAGUAUCUGGACAUGUAUGAUUUGGAGCUGUGGGCAGUAAAGAACUGCUGGGCAUGCUGGAUACCUGUCUUAUCAUUACUGUACACCCGCAUAGCCUGAACUGAUGCUGCUAAUGGCUGGACGCCUCCUGAACUGAUGCUCAGACAAUCAGCAUGUCUAUUCACCAUAGUCAGGUGAUGUGUUUCAGAGUGGGUUUGAAGUGGAGACAUGUAAACAGUUGGAAUCUGUUUUCUCUAAUGAGCCCUCAUUGCUCCUUCACCUGAUAUUAACAAGACAAAUCCCAAAUAAGAAGUGAAGCUGUAUGAAAUAACUACUGGUAAUGGUAAAUUGACAAAUAAUAUACUGUUUUUAUUGCUAUUCUAAUUAUGGUACUUACUGUUUUUUUUAGCCCCUACUUCUAGUUUAUAUACCAUGAAUGCACAGCCCUUAUUUUAGUUUACCACUAAUUCACACCAUUGGUGCACUCAGCACUGGUAUUGUAUGACAAUUGUGCUCUUCAUUUGACACAAUUUGAUAUUGAUCAACAGUGCACAUAUUUAUUCAGUUAUGCAAAUGUUCUAAAACAGGGAUGUAGGAAAUUCUCAGUGCCUUUUUUAGAUGGAAAUGUGGGUUUACUUACUGUGUUCAAUGUACCGGUUCACUUCUAUCACUUAUUCUACUAUGCAUGUUGUUACACCCAGAGUAAUGACAUUAGGAGAGACGGAGUACUUCAAAAGCUGCARCUGGAAGCCAAAUUGAAGUGCUUGAUCUGAAGUAACACCAUGUUGGGAUUAAUGUUAUGUUUUACCUUUGCUCUGUGGAGUGUCACUGUGUUAGAUCAAGUUUGGAGAUACACAUUUAUGGCAUUGCAGAGCACUUGUUGGACAAUUGAGUGGUCUGUAGUGCAAUGUUGACCCUCUCCCCCCUUAAAAAGCACUGUCAACACUCUCUGACCACAGGGGGUCACAGCUGUAAGGCAAAAUGUCAAUGUAAAGGAAUUUAGAGCAAAUAAAAAUGUCAAAUGUC